AUGCCGGGGGGGUACCGCUGCUUCAAGGCCAUCAUGUUCCUCUCGGGGCUGCUCUUCGGCUCCAUUGUCAUCUUCCUCCUGUGCUACAAGGAGCGGGUGCUGGAGACGCAGCUGAGCCUGGAGGCCAGCGCGGGCAUCGCCCUGGGCAUCGGGCUGCUCUGCGGCCUGGUCACCAUGCUGCUGCGCAGCGUCGGGCUCUUCACCACCGGGCUGCUGCUGGGGCUGCUGCUGGCCACGGCCGCGCUAGUGGCGGCAGCGCCGGUGCUGCCGCCGCCGAGCCCUUGGGUGCCGGCGGGCAGCCUGCUGGGGCUGGCGUUGCUCUGCGCCCUCCUGGCGCUGCAGUGGCCGAAGGCGCUGACCGUCCUCUCCACCGCCGUCUUCGGCGCCGCCGUCGUCGUCGUCUGCGCCGACUACUUCGUGGAAGCGCUGGCGCUGGUGCUCUACGUCUACGACCGGCUGCGGCUGGCGCCGGCGGGGCCACUGUGCUGGCACAGCUGGGUGCUGCUGGGCGCUUGGCCGGCGCUCAGCCUCCUCGCCGUCCUGCUCCAGUGGAAGCUGACGGCCGACGGCGUCUCCCACACCGACGUCAUCCUCAGCCGGCGGCAGAAGCGGCUGCAGCUGCUACGCAUCCGGCAGAAGGAGGCCAAGCGCCGGCAGAGCCUGGCCCCCCCCGAGGGCACCUACCGCCGCAAGCCCCCCCCCGUCAAGCGCUACGCGGGCGAUGUGCUGGCCCCGGUGCCCGAACUGCAGCGUGCUCUUCCUGGGGGACGGUGGGGACCCCCCACCCGUGGGCCCGGGUGA